CUUAGAGAUGGGUCUGGGUAAGACAAAGUUCAUUCAGUGAAUCUGUGACCGAUGAAGCCAAAAGUCCUGCCUGGAUCAGUCUUACCCUAUGAAGGCUCUCCAUGGAACCCAACUCCAUGAAAGUUUUGGAAGAAGCUUGAAUGAGACCUUGGAGAGCUAGAAAUGCCUUAGAGCCUGCCUGGCUAAGAAUCAGAGAAGACUCCAUGCCCAUUUUAUUAAUCUCACACUCGCCUAUUAAUAUUACUGAGUUAUGCAAGUGCAGAUUUUGAAGAGGACAAUAGAGAGAUAAGAUGCUCCGAGUCAUUUACAGUGGUCUUCAAAAGAAAAACUUCUAGUGCUCUACUCUUGCCAUACUACCAAACUUCUUUGAUUUUGUUUUGGUGCUGAAACACUGGAAGAAUUGCAUGUAGGCUCUAAGAGAAGGAUCUAUCUCUUUUUCAUUUUAUCAUUCUAUCUGAAUGGAACGGGUUUUGUGUCUUAUUGCCCACCUUAUUUUAAAGCUGCUUUAACACCUUCUAAAUUGCUUAAUGAAUUGGGCCUUUUGCCAAUGAGCCACACAGCCAAUUCUUGCCAAGAGCUGGUUGAAAACUGUGCCGUGCAUGUAGCAGGGAUGGCACAAGAAGACAGCCAUCGUGGUCAAGUGCCAUCCACAUUUUAUCAUGGUGCCAACCAAGAACUUGACCUGUCCACCAAAGUGUACAAAAGGGAAUCAGGAAGCCCUUAUUCUGUGUUAGUGGACACCAAAAUGAGCAAACCACAUCUCCAUGAAACAGAAGAACAACCUUUUUUCAGGGAAACCAGAUCAGUGGCCGAAGUACGUGCUGUUAAAGAAGACCAAGAGAACUCUGAUGACCUUGAAGAAGAAGAGGAAGAAGUAACUUAUAAAAGGGAACAGAUUAUAGUAGAGGUAAAUCUUAACAACCAAACAUUAAAUGUAUCUAAAGGGGAGAAGGGUGUUUCCUCUCAGUCCAAAGAGACUCCAGUUCUUAAAACCAGCAGUGAGGAAGAAGAAGAAGAGAGUGAGGAAGAGGCCACUGAUGAUAGUAAUGACUAUGAAGAGAAUGAACGGCAAAAGAAAAAGGAGAAGAGAGUGGAGAAAGUCAGUGUUGCACAAAGGAGAACAAGGAGAGCUGCAUCAGUUGCAGCAACUACCACUUCCCCUACACCCAGAACAACAAGAGGCCGUAGGAAAAGUGUAGAGCCUCCCAAACGUAAGAAGAAGGCUGCAAAGGAGCCAAAGGCACCAGUGCAGAAAGCUAAGUGUGAAGAGAAAGAGACUUUAACUUGUGAGAAGUGCCCCAGGGUAUUUAAUACCCGCUGGUACCUGGAGAAGCACAUGAAUGUCACUCAUAGGCGCAUGCAGAUCUGUGACAAAUGUGGCAAGAAGUUUGUCCUGGAAAGUGAGCUGUCCCUUCAUCAGCAAACAGACUGUGAAAAAAACAUCCAGUGCGUUUCCUGUAACAAAUCAUUCAAGAAGCUCUGGUCCCUUCAUGAACAUAUCAAGAUUGUCCAUGGAUAUGCAGAAAAGAAAUUUUCCUGUGAGAUUUGUGAGAAGAAGUUCUAUACCAUGGCUCAUGUGCGGAAGCACAUGGUUGCACAUACAAAAGAUAUGCCAUUUACAUGUGAAACCUGUGGAAAGUCAUUCAAACGCAGUAUGUCACUCAAGGUGCACUCCCUGCAACAUUCUGGAGAAAAGCCCUUCAGAUGUGAGAACUGUGAUGAAAGGUUUCAAUACAAGUACCAACUUCGCUCCCACAUGAGCAUUCACAUUGGACACAAACAGUUCAUGUGUCAGUGGUGUGGCAAGGACUUCAACAUGAAACAGUACUUUGAUGAGCACAUGAAGACACACACUGGAGAGAAACCUUUUAUCUGUGAAAUCUGUGGCAAAAGUUUCACCAGCCGCCCAAACAUGAAGAGGCAUCGCCGAACUCACACAGGCGAGAAGCCCUAUCCAUGUGAUGUGUGUGGCCAGCGGUUUCGCUUCUCCAACAUGCUCAAGGCUCACAAGGAGAAGUGUUUUAGGGUUACCAGCCCUGUGAACAUCCCACCUGCUGUCCAGAUCCCACUUACAACUUCCCCAACCACCCCCGUCCCUUCCAUCGUGAACACACCCACAACCCCUACCCCACCAAUCAAUAUGAAUCCAGUAAGCACUCUUCCCCCACGGCCCAUCCCCCAUUCCUUUUCACACCUUCACAUUCACCCACAUCAUCCUCAUCACCUUCCUAUCCCUCCAGUCCCUCAUCUACCCCCACCUCCAGCUCUUUUUAAGAGCGAGCCUUUAAAUCAUAGAGGCCAGAGUGAGGACAACUUUCUGCGACACCUGGCAGAGAAGAACAGUUCAGCACAACAUCAUUAACAAAUAUCUUCUUCAAUCUGUUGUCCCUUGGGAAUGCACCUACUUAAGAGUUUGCAGAGUGGGAGUUGAUGAGGUUGUCUAUAGCCCUCUCCCACUCCCUCUUAGCCUCCAGCAAAAGAGCCUUGUCAUGGGCUUGGUGUACCAGCAGAUCCAAGUGAAUGAAUUGAGAAGACUAUCUUUGUCUUAUAGAGGAGGAGGAUCAUCAUCAAAACCAGGGGAGCCAAUGGAACUAAAGCCCAAUAUGCUUGCGUUUUACUGAUGACUUUUAUAAAUUUCAAAUAUUGAGACUUGUGGAAUUUUAUAAUUUCAUAUCAGCUGAUGAGGUAUGCUUGCUUUUAUAUCCUGGACUUCUCCUCAAAGAGGAGACAGGCCUGGUUUCCUUUUACUAAUCGGGAAGGCUGUGAGAUUAAUCCAGAGCAUUAAUUGUAUCACUGUGUAUUGUAACAAAUUCUUUUCAGCUUUUGAUGCCAGCAGCAAAGGUGGACUGGCUAUGUAUCACAGUAUAUCAAGCAUUAUAGAGAAAGACAAAAAUUUCUUGUUUGUGUAGCUCUCUCCUAACGCACUCUUUAUUUUACUACAGAAAUUAUUUUAGAGUUUUUGUAUAGACCUCUUUAGUAGUUACCCGUUUCUAAAAGAAAUGUAUUUCAAUAAGCAAUGUAAUUUUUUUCAGUGUAGCUGGACCUAUGUUGUAAAAUAGAAGAAUUUUUAUAAUCAUCAAAAUGUGAUUCUUAAAGAUGCAUAUAGCUUCUAUAGUUAAAAGUUAUCCUUACAUCCGUACUACUCAAAGGUGCUUCAGAGACUAAAUGUAUCUGAGAAGGUCUCCAGGCCAGAUUGCUGCAAAAAUUAUGUUUUGCUUUCAGAACUUGGUAUAAAUUAUUUGGUAAUUUUUAAAUCUCCACUCCCCACCCAAGUGUCUUAGGCUCACAGAAUAUGCUCCUUUAGCUUAGGUGGAGUAUUCUAUGAAAUGUUUUGAAAAGAAAUGAGUCUCUUUCCAAGAAAGACACUGAGAAGAGCACACACAUUUUGAAAAUGAGAAGAGUUACUCACCACCUAGAAAAGGGCAGGGAGUGGAAGAUUGUCUCAUGUCAGUCAUGUCUGUUCCUCAUUCUCAUUAGGAACAGUGUUCAUGUUUAACUUUUAUGAUAUGACUAAUUUGAGGCUCAUAUCAUGUGCUGCUUGUUUUGAGGUUGCUUUCUUUUUCUGGAGUUGUUAGGAGAAGGAAAAAUACUACACUCGAAUCACAAACAUGAUGUUGCUGAUAGAGGCUGAAGAGGCAUUUAGAUGAGAACAUAAGCUGGUCAUGAUUGAAGAUGUCUUUUAUCACUGGAAUAUCCACAACUUGGAGCUUUUCUAACAUGUACAAUAAUAGCAAGGGAAAACUCGUAAGAUUUCACUGUCCUAAGCAAAUGUUUCUAAAGGUGGCCAAUUUGAACAAGUAAUAGAGAUGACAGCAGCUCUAAUCCUUUCAGACUAGUAAUUUUUUCAGUUUGGUGUUAUUCCAACAAGAGUCAGCAGUUUAUUAUAGGGAAUGGUUCAACAGAAGGCCUUGCACAUUGGUUAUAUUCAAUUGCUAUAUGGCUCUCCUAUUUUUUCCCCCCUUCCAUUUUAUUUAAGUAGACCUGACUCUUACAGUAAGCUUAAGAAUUGGCAUUGCCCCCACUUCAGAGAAUUGAGAUUAGAUUGUCAUUGUCUUUUUUUAGUUUUGUGCUUUUCUCUUAAAUUCUCUUAAAUUCCCCAGUGUUUCUCUUCCCUCCCCUAUAUUUUCAAAUCACUGCUUCUACCAAUACCUAACCUUUGAAGGUCUAUUAAAAAAAAAAGUGCAAUUGUGUUAGAGGUUCUCUUCUGGCUCAUGGACUUUGUGUUAUUACUUAAAACUGAGGGUUAAAAUUCCUGUUUUAAACAUCAUACUUUUCUAUUCCAAGUUUCUUCUGAUUUGUUACCUUUGUUGUGAUUAGCAUAAGAAGCUUUUGGAAUUGGGGAGAAAAGGCAGCUCUGACUAAUAUAGCUUCCUAUUUUGUGUGAAAGCCUUAAAAAGUUGGGACAGUUUUUUAAAGAGUUAUUUCUCUUGAUAUUUGGAUACAUUUUGAAAGCUCCCAGAUGCAUAAGCCAGUAAGGAAAGCUAGGUCUUUGUAUGAGUUAUCCUUGGUGGCUGCUCUCCCAUAAAAUCCUUGCAUUCCAUGCCAUACUUGUCUACAUUUUUAUGUAGACAUGCCACUAUUUUAUGGUCAGACUUGUUUAAAAUGCUUUAUUAUUUUAAAAAUAUAUCUCAGUUAAAUUAUAUCUUUGUUUUAAACAACUUUACAGUAUUGGGCAGCCAUUCUGAAUUAUAAUUCAAGAACAUUUUAUUGUCCUUUUCCAAGGAAUACUAUAAUGAUGCACUGGGAAUUUCAGGUGGUCCUACCUGUGAUUUGGAAAUUGAGCGAAUAUCUAACCUCCUAAUAAAGAUUACCCCCAACAUGGGAAAUCCAGUAUUAACUACCAUCCUAAAAGAACUCAAAUAGGCUAUCAAGAAAGUCUGCCAAGAUUGUCACAAAAAAAAAAAAACUUUAGUAAAAGUCAUUUUGGAGCAACCUUAAAACAUCCCAAUUCUUGUCUAAUUUUUUUUUUCUGGGUUUUGACUUUACUUGACUGGCAUCUGUGAUUUUAAGGGAAAGUACUCUAGAGAAUCUAAUGUGUCUUUAUAAUUUUCACAUUUAAAAUGAAUCAUGAGACACAUUACAAAAUAAUAAUGAGUGCUUCUGAAUAUGAAAACUACAGGAUUAAGCCUUAAACAAAGACCUGUGUCAGGUUAAUCUAAAAACUCAGGAACUCAAAUUUGAAGAUUUGAUUUAUAGUCCUUACUUGGCUUCCCUAGAGAUAUGUGGGCUUCCCUUUCCCCUCUGCCCUACCUACCAAAAGUCCCAUAUCCUGCAAACUGUUCAGAAUGAUUAACUAGAUAUUCACUGAUUUAUGAAUGAAGAAUUUGGAGGAGUUUGGUUUCUAGUCUUUGCUAUAUAUGUCUUUACAUAAGUCUAAAGGACCUUGAAGGCCACAUUAUGAAGUGUAUUUAAGCAUUACAGUGAUAAUAAACAAGGCUGUCUGUCAUUAUGUACUCUGUCUUUGACAGUUGCUAUCCUAUUGCUUAAAAUAUGACUUAUUUGAAGAUACAGAGACAUUUUUGAGUUAAGGUAGUAUACAUUUUCUUUAGUUUUUUCCAUGACAUAAAAACUCAAAUAAGAAAUCUUAGCCCAUAAUGUAAAAUUGCUGCUUUACCUAGUUGAAUCAGGUUAGCUCAUAUUGAGUGAUGUUUUUUGGUUUGAACAAUGGAGAAGAGGUAAACAUGACCUAAGUCUUAUGGCACAUAGCUUCACUGCCACAUAUAGAUUUGUGACUUCAUUCUUGCAUACUUUUAAUGAGGAAAGACUUCCACAUAAAACUUUAUUAUAGUAUCAAAAGAAACUUUUAGAGAAUUAGUAGCAUGUAGUUUGUUUGAAGCCUCCCAUUUUGCAUUAAGUAUUCUAAAUAAAUGGCUAGGCAUAAAAGUACUAUACUUGUACUUCAUGCAUUGGAAGUACCUUUCCAAGACUCUCCCUUUAAUUUGGUUGUUUGUUCACUUACUGUGUGCCUGGUAUACUGAAGAUGAUAUCCUCUGUAAAAGAGAUGCUUGCAAAUAUUUAAUUUCCUAAUCCCUUCUCCCCUUCCACUUACCUGAUUUUUUAAAAAGUUUUCGUAUUUGUUGGUUGGAUGUUUGUGUUUCAUUCCUUUUAAUCUCAUUGGCAGUUUCUGAUUUUCAGAUAAUACAAUUGUCAUGAAACUCAUCAAAGAAGUAUAUUUAUUACAUCUUGCAAACUCAUGUCAAUUUGAAAGAUAAAGAAUAAUAGAUGUUGUGUAACAUCAGACUACCCUUAUUAAAAUUAGAGAUAACUCUGCUUUAUCUACUAUAAAUAAGGUAUUAUACUAUGUAAAGUAAGUUAGAUUUGUGUACCCACAAAAUAAGCAUUUUGAUGCUCAAUCAUGAGAAUGUUUGACCAAGGGGGAUAAAUUGCUUUUAAGAAUUCUGCCAAUUGCAUUUAAGAUCAUCUCACUUGGAAUUCUGUAUAUUUUACAACUGAACAAAUUGACAUUGACAUUUAAUUCUCCUUUGAAAAACUCCUUCCUUUGCUGAACCAAGAUUAGAAAUCUCAUUAAAAAAUAAAAGCAUUUUUUCAGUAAUGGAAAGGUCAUAGGUUAUUAUAUAUAAUAACAUAAUUAUGCAAUAAUAGCUUCUAAGCUAGUCUGCUUCUGUCAUCUGUAGCAUUUACAAUAAUUAAUGAUGACCUUCCAACCCUGGAUUACUACCUCGAUAAAGCAAACCAGAGGUCCUCUCUCCCCUUAUUAUGGAAGCCAUAAAAGUUACCACCAAUAUGUCCAUUUUCAUAGUUCCUUACUUUUGUACUCUAUAAUCCUGACUUUUUAUAGACCUUGCAAUUGGAUCCUUUUGUCAUAGAGGGGGAAAAGGCUUUACAAGUUUGGACCAGCAUGGAACUUUAGCUCCUUUGGUUUAAAUUUGGAGGACAGGUGAAUUCACCAUGUGAAUCAAAUUCCCCAUUGAAGUCAAACCAUUCUACCCAUCUGUAUUUUUUAUUGAUGGAAAACUAGCUUUCCCCCACCUUUCCUAUUCUUUAAGUUUCUUACUUUAUUAUGGAAUUAUUUGUGGAGUGAAAUUCUACUUUGUUGCUAUAUUGAUUAAUAAUUGGUGUCAUCAAAUAACCUUUUAAAUUGUUUUGUUUCCUUAAUUUUACAGAAGUAAAUGCAAACCAAUCUUCUCUUUCUUCCAUCAUUGCAGCUUAAGCCCUCUCUCAUUCUUGAGUGCCUUGAAGAAACCAGCAUUCCUGGAAAAUUUUCUCCCUGGUUUAGAUCCUACCUCUGCUUUAUUUUCCAUGAGUGUUGGAUUUUGUCUUUAGUCCAUUUGGUUUAGCUCUUCAAAAACUAAAUAAAGCCUCAAACAGAAAUUUCAAACAUCUGAGUCCUUUCCCCUGAUUUUCUAGUUUUUACCAUAUAGCAGCAGGUUAUAUUAGUUUUACCCUAGACAUUCACCUCAUGUUUCCCCAAUAACAGAAGUUAUUGUGUCCUGACUCCUAACAUCUGCUUCCUUAGCCAGGAAAAUUAAAUUCAUUGUAUAUUUCAUGUACCGUUUUUGCUUAUCUUGGUCUUCCUAAAUUCUUCCCCUUUCAUUUAAGGGGAUGGGCUUCAAUGCUGCUGUUGCUAUAUAUCUUUUCUCACUUGCUCUCACUCUCCUUUCAAGAAUCAGUUUGCAGAUUUGUCUUUGACAUUUUCUCUAACUCAAAUCUAAUUCAAAAUAAUUUCUUCAUUUUUUCAGAACUCUUUUUAACUUGACUGCUUACUUUUCUUCCUCAUUCCAUGAUCACUUGUUUUUUUUCUCUUUGGAAUACUAGUCCCAAGAUAAUUUCAAUUCCUUUUAAAAUUCUUACUUUAUUCCCCCCCCCCCCAACUAUUUCUCUGCCUCUCUUACAGUCUUCUCUUUCUCAUCCAACUUCUUAACACAUUGUGUAGCUAUAUCUUUUUCUAGUUUUCCCUAUGAUUGAUCUUUACAGUUUAAUUGUGUAUACUGUAUAUAGUAUAAUCCUCAGUGUGAAGGACAUUAAACAAAAAUAAGGGUUACUUUAUGAUCUUGAAUGUGACAUCAGGGUCUGAUUGGUAAAGCAUUUCAGCAUUGUGCUUUGCUGCCACAGAAGGGGCUUGUGCUGAGCAUAGACCUUUCUUCCUUUAUUCUUGCCCCAAACUGAAAACAAAAUCUUUAAAGAAAUGAGGAAACUAGAUUGUUUUUGUUGUUGUUGUUUUAAAGAAAUGCAAACCAUUAAUCUGAAUAUUUUUGCUGUCAUCAAAACCUUUGUGUUCUCUUUUUAAGAUUGCUGCUUUCCCUAAAUUCAUUGUGAGUAGUUCUUGGACUUUUCAAGUCUGAUUAAACUCAUAAGAGGAAAAGAAAGGAUGUGUUGAGGCAGGAGACCAGAGAAUAUAACAAUUUUGGCUUCCUGAUUCUUUUUGUCUGAUAUCCUUCCCUCCUUCCUGUUACCCUUGUUACUGGUUGGCCAAGGAGAAGAUUCAUAGGUAGUUGAAGGUUUAGCUGGCCUUUUUGGAAGAGGAGAUUUAGUUUAUAAACCAAGUAAUUUUCUUCAUCUAAAUUAACAAGCAUAAAGAUAUAUUCAUUACAUCAGAAACUUUUUUCUUAUAUGCUUCAUUUUCACUCAAUUUGUUUUCUUAAUAUUAACACUUGAGGUGUUUGUUGGCUGCAUUUUUAGCUAUUCUUUUAAUUCUGUGCAGGCAGAGAAAAGUGAUGAACUUUUGGAUGAACUAAAUCAAGUCUGUCAAGAAAACUUGAUGGUUUGUUCUUUCGAUGAGAAGAAAAGUUUUGCAACAGUCAGCAGAGGGGGCCCUUGUUCUUUGGAGAGGCUGUCUCACAGCCUGCCUGAUCCAAGGUUACUUUAUACUUGUGAAGACCAUCUCUAGUGGGAAUAGGGAUAUAUGAUAUAUUACUUUCCUGAAGGUAGAAUAAGAGAGGAAGUGGCAAAAAGAAGUGGUUGGAUUUUGCUUAACUUUGUAAGGGCAUCAAGCUACUCAAUGCUUAUCUUUCUCAUCAGCUAGAGACAGACUUGACAGACUGAAUGUGUUGAGGAAGAGAAGUGUUCCUGAAAGUACAUCUCUUAUCUGGUUAUCUAUCUUUAAUGGGGGGAUGUUUCAAGGGAGAAGCUUAAAAAGCAGCAUUGAGGUCCCAAAUCACAUUUUGCAUAGGACUUAAGAAACCAACCUGUUUACAUUUGAAAACUAGUAGGAAAUGAUUUCUACCUAGAACCUAACUUCCCUAGAAAUUCUCAUAUUUUCUGCUUUAUCAUUUGAAUCAUUCUUGAUUUAGACUAUGAGUUUAAAUGAUGUAGUAUGAUUUCAGGGUUUUCUGCUAAGGUUGUACCUUUGAAUUACUACAUAGGCAGCCUCUGAUCUGAUCAAUGCCUUUCAAUCUUCUGCAUUUAAUGUGCAUGUGCAUUUUAUUCAUCUUUUUGCUUGGGCUAUACAAUUACUGAUCACUCUGUCACUAUUCAACAGUACUCUGCUUGCCCACAGGGGAGCAGCAGGAACUUUUAAAAGUUUCUGUUGUGGAACAGACAGCUCAUAUAUUAUGUAACUUUCUUUACUUCUCCUCCUCCCUGCUUAUUUCAGUUUUUACCUAUAACUUUUGGUUCUGAAACUUUCUUUUCUUGCUCCCCACUUUCCCUCAUCUUAAUUUUCUCUUGUAACUACAAUCUCUGCCCCAAUUCCCUUGAUUUAGGCAGACUGGUAGGGAAUACUUUGACACCAUAAGUCAGGGAUGUUUUGGGAGCAUGAAUUGGGCAGGGUAUCCUGACUAGCCUGUUUAAAUAAUAAUGCCCAAUGAUGAGAGCCAGUCUUUUUCCAUGUAAGGUAGAAGUUUUUUCUCCAGAGUCCUUGUAUUCGGAAUGCCAAAGCAGGAAGGCAAUCUCAUUUUCUCUUUCGUGCCCCUCUUUCCUUAAACUCUUCUCUCCACACCACCCCUUAUUUACAGUAGUUGGAGAGAAUAUGAUAGACCAUGAAAUCAUUAAUUCUCAGGAGUGGGGUGGAGGUGGGAAUAUUCUUAUCAUUUUGAAUUUAGUAGGAAGGAGAUUCAAAGCAAUUUUGGCCCCAUAGUUUAGGAUAAGUAGUUAUACCUCCCUAUCUCAGCUCCAAAUGGAUAACUGUUACACCAGGGUUAUUAUUUCCUAUGUCAGACCACAGGCCACGGCCCUGGGAUGGCAUCUAUAGCAGGUACUCCUUCAGCUUGGAAUUUAACCUGGUACCAUGCUCUGUUAGGCUAGGGACAGACAAUCUAAAGUAGUAACUUAUCCACACUAUGACCAAGGAGGCUUAUUUAGGCUAAAAGGCAGCAUUUCCUCCUGCAUGUAUACAGUCAACCCAGGAGAAAUAACCAGGUGAAUAUUAGUCAAUGGAACAAGUGGCAUUUGUACCUAAAAGACUAGAUCUUACUCUGGUCCCUUUUAACCCAGCCUAAUCAGACUCUCAGAAAACUCACCAAGCACAGAGCAUUGAUAGUAUCUACUUGUAAUCCCAGCAUUUGAGAGAAGAGCACUAAAGCUGUGAUCAGUUUAGUAGCAGAUGUUUAGGUAUAACAUGUUUGUCCUCUGUUUUCUGUUUGUUUGUUUUUUCUCCUGACAGUUAUAGAAAUCACUUGCACUUUUCUUUAUUUCUUAAGGAAAAAAAUCCAGUUUGCUUGCCAGGAAUCGUUGAGCAUUAGGUUUACAAAGCUUGUUGUUGAAUGUUAAAAACUUGUCCAAAGGAGUUUGGCAAAAUAGAAGCUGCUUGGUCCCUGUUCUGCCUUCUCAGUCAUAAGGAUUAAGACUUUGUAGCUUGGAUGCUUGUGGCAAGUCCAGAACAGGGCAGCAUCCCUCUCCUACCUCUCUGUGGAGAUGCAAUUGAAGGUCAAAUCAGACUUGAUGUAGGGCAGGUAUCCCUCAUGCUGCAGCAAGUUCAAAGGAGUCUUUGAGUUGGGGAGGUGACAAAUAGGACAGGAUUUCUGGUCUGGAAAGAUCCCCAGGAGAGGCACUUUGCCCCCCUACCCCCACCCCCAGGAAUUGCAGUGAAGUAGAACAGAGCUCUCCUUUAGCAUUUCCAAACUAGCACAAGCUGUCUAGUUUCCCUGGGGCACUUUUUUCCUGUAUCCUGUCAGACCCGUUAUUGUAUUCUUUUCCCCUUGUGUUGACCAUACCAUAAUUAUUAUUUUUUUUAGCAAUUGAGAAUGCACUUUUAUUUCAACUCAAUCAUGAUUUUAAACAUAAAAAUUAUAGAUUGUUAAAACUACUUUUUGUGUAUUUUUAACCACUCAAUGUAGCAUUGUAUAUUUUAUUCUUGUGAGACUCUGGUACAAGGUGUGCCGAUUCACGAUAUUUCCGAGAUGCUGGGCCUUUGGAUGUGUACGGUAACCAACCUAAUGCUAAUGUUCAAAGUAAAAGAAGUAGCCAUAUCA